AAGGACAUUGCCGAUUUACCUGCGCUGGGUGGACAUCGUCUCCUCGGGGUGGAACUAAAUGUUCAAAGCGGACGCUCCCAACCCCAACUCUGGUUUAGGAGUUCGUCUCCUCGGAGCUCGACUCACGCGAGCCAGGGGUCUUCAACAGUCUCACUUCAAAGUUACUGGGCGCCUCCGUGAGUCGGGCCGUGGGGGUCUCUGGUCCGGGGUCCGGCGUCCGGAGUGUUCCUGCGUCCCGCCCCACAAGCAGGGAGGGCGGUGGCCCCGGGCCUCGAGGUCGGGAUUCUAAGGGUCGCGCCAGCCCCACAAGUUUAAGGAGCCCUGAGGCCUUCGCAGGAUUUGGGGUCGUCCCCUGCGGAGUGGGGGAGGGGGAGCGGACGUGCACGCGGGCGCGCUCUCAGGCCGCCUCGCGCCGCCGCCUUGGGAAGGCCGCGCGCUCCCGCAGGGCCGGGUUCCCGGGCGCCCCAUGCAAAUGAGCCCCGGUGCGCCCUCCCACCCCGCGCCUCCGGAAGUUGCGGGCCUGGCGCCCGCUCCCCGCCCCCCGGCGACCUCGUCCUUCCCCCGCCCGCCGCCCGCAGCGAUGGCGGCGGCGAUGGCGGCGCGGCGUGCGCGGCCCGUGCGGGUGCUGGUGGACAUGGACGGCGUGCUGGCCGACUUCGAGGCGGGCCUCCUGCGGGGCUUCCGCCGCCGCUUCCCUGGGGAACCACACGUGGCGCUGGAAGAGCGCCGCGGCUUCCUCGCCCGCGAGCAGUACCGAGCCUUGCGGCCGGACCUGGCGAUCUGCUGGAGGAAGAAGCUGGGACAAGAACACGGUAUCUUUCAGGACAAAGUGGCCAGUGUGUAUGAAGCCCCAGGCUUUUUCCUAGACUUGGAGCCUAUCCCUGGAGCCUUGGAAGCCAUGCAGGAGAUGAACAACAUGCAGGACACGGAGGUCUUCAUCUGCUCCAGCCCUCUGCUGAAGUAUGAACACUGUGUGGGUGAGAAGACCUGUGUCCUCACCUCAGUACCGCUGGGUGGAGAAUCACCUGGGGCCCCAGUUUGUGGAGCGCAUUAUCCUGACGAGGGACAAGACGGUGGUCUUGGGGGACCUGCUCAUUGAUGACAAGGACACCAUUCGAGGCCAAGAGGAGACCCCAAGCUGGGAGCACAUCUUGUUCACCUGCUGCCACAACCAGCACCUAGCCCUACCCCCGACGAGGAGACGGCUGCUCUCCUGGAGUGACAACUGGAGGGAGAUCAUAGAAAGCAAGCAGGGGGACAGAACAGUGGAUAGUAGCUGAAGGAAGGGAAGGCAGGCCAGCAGGGAACCCCAGCAGAGCUGAAUGGCGGGGCAGUGUCGUGGUGGUGGCCCCCAGCCCCGCGGAGCAGGGAGACACCGUAACCUCCAUUCUCAAAAGUCAGCCACCUGGAACCCAGCAAGAUGGCUGGCCAGGAAACAUGGUGGGAAAAUCACUCAGGAACCUUUUUAAUAAAACAUUUUGGCUCACCACUCUUUAAAGGCCCUUUAUUCAGGAAAGGAAAGGGCCAGGAGCCCUAGGAGGGGCAGUCGGAAUACAGGCGGAUAGGCUUUCUCCUCCUCGUGUCCUUAGUCCAGUGGCUCCAGAACCUGCCCCACCUCCACAACCACAGACACCAUCUCUCUUGCAUCUGCUUUUCCUUGGCCAUGUUAGAGGUCAACCCUGAGGGAGUGCAGAAGGGAGGCCAGGAAGCUCCCCGUUGCUCCUGAACCCCAACUUUCCGUGGGGGUCCCAUACUGUUUCCCCUGUGCUGACCAGUGCACACUGUGGACUCCAAGCCACACACUUCUGUCAGUCUCUGGUCCUCUGUCUCCCUUGAGCACCACGCCUGCAUUCCUGAAGCCCUUUUGUCUGAGACUCACUUCUAGGGGCAGGGACACCCCCCUCACUAACCCAACCCUGAUGGGAGAGGAGGACCAGGACUUUCAGGCUGGGGCCAUGGGGUGGUGAGGGAAGAGUACACAGCUUCAAGGGUUUAUGCCUGUAUUCUGACGUGUCCUCACCCUCAUGUCUUAAUGCCUGACGGCUACCUUAACAGUCCGUGGGCUGUAUCACUGAAGAGUAGGGGCACCUGGGUGGCUCAGUUGGUUGGGUGUCUGGCUCUUGGUUUUGGCUCUGGUCGUGAUCUUGGGGUCGUGGGAUAAGGCCCUGUGUUGGGCUCUCCGCUGGGUGCGGAUUCUGACUGUCCCUCUCGCUCUGCUCCUCCCCACACUCUCACUCACUCUAUCACUAAAUUUAAGGGGCACCGGGCGCCGCAGUUGGUUAAGCGACUGCCUUCGGCUAAGGUCAUGAUCCUGGAGUCCCGGGAUCAAGUCCCACAUCGGGCUCCCUGCUCAGCGGGGAGUCUGCUUCUCCCUCUGACCCUCCCCCCUCUCAUGUGCUCUCUCUCAUUCUCUCUCAAAUAAAUAAAUAAAAUCUUAAAAAAAUAAAAUAAAUUUAAGGGGCGCCUGGGUGGCUCAGUCGUUAAGCAUCUGCUUUUGGCUCAGGUCAUGAUCUCAGGGUCCUGGGAUCAAGCCCCGCAUCGGGCUCCCUGCUCUGCGGGAAGCCUGCUUCUCCCUCUCCCGCUCCCGCUCCCCCUGCUUGUGUUCCUGCUCUCGCUGUGUCUCUCUCUGUCAAAUCAAACCUUUAAAAAAAUUUUUAAUUAAAAACAAAAACAAAAAACGGGAUGCCUGGGUGGCUCAGUCGGUUAAGCGUCUGCCUUCUGCUCAAGUCAUGAUUCCAGGGUCCUGGGAUCGAGCCCCACAUCGGGCUCCCUGCUCAGCGGGGAGCCUGCUUCUGCUGCCGCUCCAUCCGCUUGUGCAUUCUCUCUGACAAAUAAAUAAAA